AUAUUAUUUAUUAUUUAUUAUUAUUUUUAUUAUUUAAUAGUGUAUCGGCACAUUCCUAGAAAGCCCAAGUUGUCAUAGAACAAAAGACGAAGAUCCCCGAAUACACAUACCUUAUGUAUAGAAAAUGUGAUAAAGAAUAUUUUUUGGAGAAAUAUUUAUGGGACAUUUUUUUAACACAUAUUUAUUAUAUGACUUAAAAGUAUUUAUUUUCUGUGAUCAGAUCACGUUUCUUCCAACCACUGCCAUGGCUUUAAAGUUUGCUAGUAACCUAUCUUUUAUGUUUACGGAGGCCCCAAAUAUUAUUGAUAGAUAUCAGCUGGCUAAGCAAGCAGGAUUUAAAGCAGUUGAAAGUGGAUUUCCAUUUGGCUUCUCUGUUCAACAAGUCGCUGCAGCUAAAAAGAAAGCAGAUGUCGAUCAAAUACUUUUGAAUGUAUUCACAGGUGAUGUUACGAAAGGAGAAUUGGGUUUUGCUGCGAUUUUAGGUGAAGAGGAAAAUUUUAAAAAGAGUAUUGAGAAAACAAUAGAAUAUGCAAAAGCUUUGGAUUGUAAGAUGAUUCAUGUAAUGUCAGGAAAAGUAGAAUCACCUACCACUGCUAACGAUAUAGUUUAUGAAAAAAACCUGUUAUAUGCCAUUGAAAAAUGUAAAUUGGAAGACAUUGUCAUUCUCAUUGAACCAAUUAAUAACUAUAGCGUACCAAAUUAUUACAUGAAUAAUUUUCAGAAAGCUUUAAAUUUGGUAAAAAAGGUAAACAAUGUGCAUUUUAAGCUACAAAUGGAUAUUUUCCAUUUACAACAUUGCUGUGGUAAUAUUACAAAAUGCAUUCAGGAUUUUUUGCCCUAUGUGGGCCAUAUUCAAGUAGCUCAAGUUCCUGAUAGACAGGAACCAGAUACUCCAGGUGAGAUUAAUUACAAAUACGUCUUUUCUUUACUGGAAAGAAUUGGUUACACUGGAUAUAUUGGUUUGGAAUAUCGGCCAAAAUCAUUAACAACAGAAGGAUUAAAUUGGAUUAAAAAAUAUGGUUACAAUCUGUAAAUAAGUAUUCAUGUAUGUUAUGUAUAUAAAUAUAAUUUUUUUUUAUUUAUAAUAUCUUAAA